AGACGGAUCUUAACCAGCCACCCUCCAAUGCCGCAUACAUUCUCCAAAGAGGUCAAAGAUUUUAUCAACAAGUUACUCAUCAAGGAUCCAACCAAAAGACUUGGAUGUAACGGGGUGAAAGACGUCAAAUCUCAUUCCUUCUUCAAGGGGUUGAAAUGGGAAGAUGUAGAGGCCAAGAGGGUACCUCCACCCUUCAGACCCCACAUCAAUGGGGAACUGGAUACCAGCAACUUUGCAGAGGAGUUCACAUCUCUCAUCCCUGCCGACUCUCCAGCAGACAUUCCCAAGACGGCCGAUGCAAGGGUCUUUAGGGGUUAUUCCUUCAUAGCUCCUUCCAUCCUUUACAGUGACAAUGCCAUAACCCAAGACAUGCUCACCAAGCCGUCUGAACACAACCGUCCAUCUCUUUCCUCUAUUCUCUCAAUACAUGAGCUUAAGGACUCUCUCUUCACCAAGCAGUAUGUGUUGGACAUGGAGUCAGCCCCCUUAGGGGAUGGUAGUUUCUCAGUUUGCAGGAGAUGUACACAUAUAAAGACUGGCCAGGAAUAUGCUGUGAAAAUUGUCAGUCGAAGGGUUGCCUGUACACAGGAGAUUACAACGUUACAACUCUGUCAGAAACAUCCUAACAUUGUACAUUUCAAAGAAGAAUUCAAAGACCAGCUCCAUACAUACAUCAUCAUGGAAUUAUGUAAAGGAGGAGAACUAUUGAGUAGAAUAAAAAAGAAGAAACAUUUUGACGAGCUUGAAGCCAGCAUGAUCAUGAAGAAACUGGUCUCUGCCGUGGAGUACAUGCAUAGUAGAGGGAUCGUUCAUCGGGAUUUGAAACCAGAGAAUAUCCUUUUCACUGAUGAUUCUGAUGAUGCCGAACUGAAGAUCAUAGACUUUGGAUUUGCGCGUAUCACCAACAGCAAUCAGCCUUUGAAGACACCAUGCUUCUCCCUUCACUUUGCCGCUCCUGAAGUGCUCAAGAGAACGCACGAACCAGAAGGGGAGUAUGAUGCUUCCUGUGAUGUCUGGAGUCUCGGAGUCAUCCUGUACACCAUGCUGUCUGGGAGGGUACCAUUCCAGGAUCCCAGUAUAUCAAAGAGCAAUAGUGCUUCAGAGAUUAUGAAGAGAAUCAAGCACGGUAACUUUAGCUUUGAUGGAGAAGAAUGGAAUUCAGUCUCCGUUCCUGCCAAGGAAUUAAUCAAAGGUUUGCUCACUGUUGACCCAAGUCAGAGGAUAACCACUGAUGAUCUCCUACACAAUGAAUGGAUCCAGGGACAGCAGCUAUCCAGUUCAACGCCUCUUAUGACCCCAGACAUACUCAAUUCAUGUGCCUCAAUCCAGAAGCGUAUGAAGGCUACCAUGCAUGCAUUCCAUACUGCCCAUCGUGAAGGAUUUCUCCUCACCGACGUGUCCAAUGCACCCCUGGCCAAACGACGGAAGAAGAAGAAGGAUUCAUCGACGGAGACUCGCAGCAGCUCCAGCGAAAGUUCUCACUCCCAGGGUUCGUCCUCCCAAGAGAGUACGACUCCGACCCCUACAGCCAACCCUGUUCUGAAUUUGCCUGUAACAACAGUUCCAUAUGCACCAAUAGCAAUCGCGACGAGUGUUUCGUCAAUCCCAUCUGUUCAGCCUCUUCCAAGUCUCAGCAAGCAAACAUUUGCCAGAUUGGACCAGUAUGAGAGCUCAGACUCAUUAGGUUUCUCACCAAUCCUGCCAAUCUCCGCAGGAAGCUCUCAGGAGCCCCCACCCUUGCUUGUUAGGCAGGAUUCGGGUUAUGUUGGACAGCUGUCUGAAACCCAGGUCACACCAGUGCCAAGGACAAAUGUAGGAGGACCCCAUGAGGUUACCUUCAACCCUAUUCUCGACUCCUCCAUGUACCCAUACAGACUCCAACAACCUCUCAUGGGUUAUACUAGUUCCAUCCCAGAGUAUCUUUCGGUGCAAUACUCGUCAUCAGAUCAACCUUCAAUACCUAGGACAGUACCCCGAACCGUGCACCAACCGCACCCCCUUCCAGUUCCUCCUCAACACCUUUCGCAUUUGCCAACCAUCAGUGAAGACCCUUCUACAACGUGAUUCUCAUCUACAACGUGAUUCUACCCCCCUUUCCUAGGACACUGGGUGUCUUCACAGACUGUUUGAAUGAACAUGAAAAAUAUCAGGGCUGUAUUAUUAAGUAACCUCAUAAAGUGUUUUUUAUUAUUGUACUAAUUGAUUUUUAGCAUGUUUAAUAGUAUUGUAUUUAUGAGAAUCAGUAAUACUAUGUGAAGUACCUGAGGGGGAAACCAAAGAUGUUGUUAUGUCUGCGCCAUUGGUGCUUUGGCUCUUGUAAAAGAAUAAUAAAAGGAGCUGCACAGCUAAAAUUGAGUAAAGAUAUCAAGAAAUGCCUUUGCAUUAGUUGCUUUGCCAUGAUGUGAUAGAUGGUCCAUUUGAAAAAGUAAAUGAAAGGCAACCUCAUGAUAUAUUAUCUGGGCAAUGUCAAUGGAAGAAUCUAGUCAGGAUCCAGUGGGUGGUAUAACCACAGGAGCAGCCUAAUCAUGAUCUGGAUCAAACAUAGUGAUGACAGUCAUGAUUCAUGAUUGGAAUGUAACUCACAACUUAGAUUUGGUGUAAUGCUUCUAGGACAGGAGCAUCACCUGAACCCUGUAACACAAAGGUUUGCAAUGCACUGCCAAAUGAAAUAAGCAUUCUACUUGGUUUUUGGUCAGGGUUUUGAAACAAAUGCACAUGCAACAUUGAUCUUGAUUGGUCAUUGCCAUUUAGUGAUUGAUUGCAAACCUUUGGAGCCCAUGAUCAUGGUUAAAGAGCUUGCCUUACCCAAGAAGGACCUAAAUCAUCAUUUAGUCUAUUGCUUGAAAUGUAUGAUAGGACUGUUAAAAGACUGAAUCAGGCAUUAGUCAUUGAAAUGGUUUGUGCAUGUGGACUUUGCGAAGACAGCUUGGAGAAAUCUCUGAACUUGAUUGAUUGUUUAAGGAGAAACAUAUGACAAUUCCAACUCUUAGAAAUAUAUGCACAUUUAACCAAAGUCAGUAUUUUCUAUGGUGUCAUGCAAGCAAUAACAUUUGUUGAAAAUAUAUAUUUGUGUGUGCGUCAAAAAUAAUUCCAUUGAUUGAUUGAUUAGUUAGUUAAUUAAUUGAGUGAGUAACACAAUUGCAAACUAUAUGUAAGCCAACAGUUGAAUUGAAUAUUGUCUCGAAAAUCACCUAGAAAAUGGGUGAUAAAUGGGGAUAAACAAGGGAUGUCUGUGUCUUUGAAAGUUAUCUUUACUAAAGCGUGACAUCUGAUGUCAUGCCAAGAUUCAUAGGUAUUUUGAUGUACUGAUCAUUUGAUGACAAGUUUGGUGUUGAUUUUGCUUGUCUCUAGGAAAAAACAUGGAGCAAUUGUGUUUGUAUGUGACUGGAGAACAAGCACAAAGCCAAUCAUAGUUCAUUCAUACUUGGAUACACUGCCAUCUGCAGUGUUGGGUAAUGUCUGCUGAAGCAUUGGUGUGCUUUAUACACACAUAUACCUUGUGCUGGCCUUCUUAAAAUCACAGAGCUUGCAGUUGGUUCAUCCUUUCCUAAAACUCCCAUUUUACAGAGAGCAAGACUGCUGAAAAACCACUGGAAGACCAUGAACUGGCUUGAUCUUGUAGUGAUCUCUUGAUCUUUCAAUGAUCUCUGAGGUCUUUCAGGAUUCUUGAUUGAUCUUUCAGUGAUCUUUGUAGUCUUUGUGAUUUAAAAAAAAAAAAAACUUUUGAAAUUGAUCUUGGGGUUGUAGAUAGAGUGAAGGAUCUUGCCAAUGUUAGAUUUUUCAGUGGUCUUUUAAGGACCUCAGUUCUCUUGAAUGGGGCCUACCUAAUAACAGACAUCCAGGCUGCCCUCAGACAUGUCUGACUAAAGGGAUGUUGAUGAUUUUUCACAGGAGUUAAGUUGCAUCAUAAAAACGUCCAAAGGCAGUCUCCUACAACGUAGUUACCAUUUUAAUGUUUGAUUGAAAAUGGAAGUCUUCAGUAAAGUUUUUGAGUGAUCAUGAAUGUCAAUUUCAUGGAGAGAUGGUGGAAGAAAAUAGGUUUAAUUUUUGGCGAAAAAAUUGAGCCUUAAGUGAAGUUAUGUCCAUUUCAUGAAGAGAUGGUGGAGAGAUAUUGGUGUCACGAGCAGUUUUUUAACUUAUGACCACAUUUUCUCUCCAUGGAAAUGCAUAAGAAACUUGUUUAGUGUUGCCAUAGCAAGUUCAGGGAAAUAGUUGCACCAUUGGAAGCUGUUCCUGGUUGAUCAGUUAUGACAUACAGCAGCUGUCUCUUCCACAGAGAUCUUAUUCACAUGGGAUAAAACAAGUUCUCACUUGUGGUUGUGUCACAACUCUGUUUAUAUACACGGAUAUGCAACAAGUGUGGCAUUUUAUUGAUUGAUGGGGGUGGAUUGCAAGCAGCGAGUGCCUUAAGCUUUCUUAAUUUAUUUGUUUUUAACAACCAAACAUGAGAUUCACAGGAAUAAGAAGGAAAAUAAUAAACUUAAUGUUUUAUGAUCCUAAGAUCAAAUUAAUUGACAAUCUGAGAUGGAAAAUCAGGUUUAUGUUCAUGAAUGCCUUCUAAAGAAGAAUCCAAUUGAAGAAACAUCUUGUUGGUACAGGGCAAUUAAGUCUUCAUGAUAGGUAAUGACUUAAGGUUUUUCAUUGUUUGAUUUGAUUAACUGUGAUUUUAAGACUAAUUUGAUUGUAUGUUGAUCCAUGAAAGUGAUCAUGUCAGUAAUUAAUUAUUUUGUUUGUCUUGUCUGAUCUGUCAUACUUAAUUUUGUGUCUGUGCUUCCAAGAGUGAGGAUUUUCAAAAGAUAUAAGUAAUUGGUAAUAUUUUUCAUAAAGUCAAUAUUUUAUUUAUUCAUUGACUUUCAAGGAGAAAAAUCCUUACAAAAACUAUCACUCCAAAAAAUAGUUUCUGAAAAGAAUGAAGUCUUACCUGUGAUAUCUCUAUACUUGAUUCACUUCAUUUGACUUUGGCUUUGAUUGAUUGGUUGGUCUAUAGUUGCAUCUAAUGUUAAAACAAACUACUACAUAUUUUCAUGUUUAACCAGGCAGGCAAAGUAUCAUGGGAAUUAUGGCUUUAACUCUCAUCUGAAUGAAUGUUAGUAAUGGAAAGUUGAAUGAUGCAUGAUGUAGUGCCUUUUUUUAUGAGUUUUUAACUUACUAUCUGACAUAUGCCACAAAGGAACACAGUCUUUGUUACCUUAUACUUUUUAAUACUGUGCCAUUUAUGGAAUGCUGAAGUUUUGUCAUGUAUGGAACCCCUGACUGAUAAUUUACAUCAUCUGCUUGGAUCAUUAGAAUAGUACCGUGAUGGCAUACUCCCCAGUGAGUGGGGAAUGUGUAUACAUUGACUCUGCUUAUUAGGCUCAUCAUUAUGUAUGCAGUGACUGUUGAAUAUGAAAGUAAAUCUUGUCAUGCGGACUUGAAAUUUGCCAAAGUGAACAUAUCUGAUCCUUGAUGCUGCUUUAGGUCAUCUGAGUUAGUGGCCAGAAAACGCUGUCACCAAUUGACGUAGGCACAACUACUGUUGAUCAUGUAAAUGCAUAAUAUCAUUGUUUUGGAAACUGUACGGCCUUUAAAGAGACUCUUAUGUACAGGCCUUCUUUAAAAGGUCUUUUUGAAAAAAAACACAGGUAACUAUGCCCAAGUUAAACCUCUUGGGACUACGGUAUACAGGUGUUUGACUUUUUGAGUUUUAGGUAAUUGAUACAUGUGUUGCAUCAUCUGGUCUGAAAAAUAGGUUUGACUUCGAUGAUUGCUAUGGAGAGUUUAGUUUAAGUUUAGUGUUAUACCAAUGGAAGUAAAGUUUACUGCCUAUGAUUGGCAGGAUUGCUUUCACCUGGGAAGCAAACAUACUAUCUGCUUGUCACAGACAAACUUGGAUGUCUGUACCAAAUCAUAAAAAUAGGAAUAUUUUUCUUCCGUAUUCAUAUUACAUACUUUGAUGAGCAUGUAUCAAGCUUCAAUAUUUGUAUUUCACAUGCAAUCAAUGAAUAUUUCUUCUCUGUGGUGCUUUUUCAUCUUCUAUCAAUAUUAGAUGAGUGAUGUAAUUGAAGAAGACAGGUACUGAAUGGCAAAUAAUUUGAAUUUGUCUUCCAACUUUGAGAAUAGAGUGAGCAUCGCUUGAUGAAAAAAAAAGAAUAGAAAUAGACAAUGGAUGCUGGCUUAGAUAGUCUUAGCAAUUUGAUAAGGAGCUGAAAGGGGGCUUUUUAUUGCAUAAACAGACUCAUGAUUCUUUUUAUUAAUUUAUGUUUGUAAUGGAAUGGGAUUUUUUACAGCCCCAUUGUACAUUGUAUUUUACCUGUUUGUUAUUCAACAUCUUACGGAAUAAGACACAGAAUUACCCUUCAACGAUGUUGAUUGUGUUCAUUCUUGUGGUGAUAGGCAAUCACAUUUUCAUGGAAGGAUAUUCAGAAAAGAUUUAUCAACCUGAAGAAUUUGAUAAUAAAAUUGUCUUAUGUAUAUGUUUGCCACAUUAGAAAUAUUCAACCAAUGAUACAAAAUUUGCAAUAAGCACUGAUUUCAUGAGAAAGUCUGUUAAACCAAGGUCAAUUAUCUGGUACAGUUACAUAAACUAAACGUUUUGAAAUCAUGUAAUCUAAGCUGAAAAACAAUCACACUGAAGAUUGUCAACACAGAGAAGCACAUGUAGGAAAAUGUAUUAUUAUUGCAUGGAAAAGACCCAACAUCUAAGUGGAAUGUGAUGCUUACUAAUUUCCCAGCAAUUACGUAAUUUCUUCCAAAAUCCUUUCGCACAUUUUAAAAAUUUAUCUGUCUUCAUAAAUUUGAUGUGGUUGUUUUAUUACAUUCUGUAAGAUCUCAUUUUGAAAUCAUUGCAACAACAAGAACUUGCAUUCAUCUUUUAGUUGUGUAUUCAGGUUGUCUAACCAAAUACUGCUCUGCCUACUAUUGGACCCUGUAUCAUAAAUCAUACAAUCAAUCAUACAAACAAUCAAAGCUAUAAGCCUUUGACAAACCAUCUACAUAAAAUCACAAUUGUUUGUAUACAUUGAUUGUAUCUCUCCAUGUUAUAGGGUCCAGAAUAACUAAAGAGACUGAUACUGUGAUUUUAGCAAUGGAAAUAUAUGCAUGGUAUAUUCAAAAUGGCUACUCUGAUACCACAUGAGAAUGCUCCCUGGUGGAGACAACAAAAUUGUGUGUAGUCUGCAAUGCAAAUUCAUGCACAAUGUAGAGUAAUUGGAUCAAUCACUUUAUUGAAAAUUGUUUGAUACACAGAUCUACAGAUUGUAAUUUGUAUGAAUAUUGGUUACAUAUGGAUGAAAAUCUAUACAGUGUCAGUUGCUUGAUAUUUUGACAAUAGUCUAUGCAGAUCAAGUAAAUGUUGAAGAGAAGGUUGUUUACUUUAGAUA